AUGUAUCUGAUAAUCGGUACACUUGUCAUUGUGCUGUUGGCAUUGAUCUACAAAUGGUCUGUGGCUAAAUAUCAGACGUUUAUAGAACGCGGCAUUCGCCAUGAGACCCCAAAGCCUUUGAUGGGAAACUUUGGGCUCGGCGAUUUUCUGGGUUCCGUGCCGCAAUUGCAAAAGCAAAUCGAUCAACAUCGAGAGUAUCGGGAUUGCAAAGUCUAUGGAUUGUACUUUUUGCGUGAUCCAAUUUUUGUGGUGCGUGACGUGGAAUUGAUCAAGAAUGUGGGUGUCAAGGACUUUGAUCAUUUUAUGAAUCACUCGGGAUCGGAUAAAAUUGAAUCGUUGCUCUCGAAGAGUCUUGUGCAGCUUAAAGAUCGCAAAUGGAAAAAUAUGCGGAACAUAUUGACACCCACUUUCACGGGCAAGAAAAUGCGAGCGAUGUAUGAGUUGAUUAAUGUCUGCAGUGAGCUUGGAGUUAAAUAUAUCGCUGGGGAAAUUAAAGAAAAAGGCGCUGAUAGCAUUGAGCUGGAGAUGAAGGAUUAUUUCACGCGAUUUACUAACGAUGUAAUUGCUUCUGCUGCAUUUGGCAUCAAAGUGGAUUCGUUUGCGGAGAAGGAGAACGAGUUCUUUAAAAUAGGACAGUCUGUAACGAAAUUGACGGGCACUGCCAUCAUUAAAGGAUUGCUCUUCAGCGUCAUUCCAAAGAUAAUGAAGGCUCUGCGAGUUAGUGUGUUUGAUGAGAAGAGCAUUGAUUACUUUAAGUGUCUGGUGUUUGAUGCUAUGAAAUAUCGUAAGGAACACGAGAUUAUACGACCAGAUAUGAUACAUUUACUAAUGGAGGCGCAACGACAGGGAGAAGCUGAAGGAGCGGCGGAAAAACAAUUUUCAGACGACGAUUUAUUGGCUCAAUGUCUGCUUUUCUUCUUCGCUGGCUUUGAAACUGUUUCCACCUGCCUCUGCUUUCUCACCUAUGAGUUAUGCAAGAAUCCAGAAGUACAAUCGCAGCUUCACAAUGAAAUUCUCGAGGUGCAGAAGAAAUUGCAGGGAAAACCUUUGGACUACGAUACUCUGGUGCAUAUGAAGUAUCUUGAUAUGGUUGUAUCUGAAGCAUUGCGUAAAUGGCCGCCAGCUCCUCGCACUGAUCGCUUAUGCAAUGCAGACAUCGAUCUGAAGGAUGAAAACAAUCAGUUUGUGGUCUCGUUAAAGAAAGGAGAUGUGCUCUUUAUACCCAUCAUUGCAUUGCACUAUGAUCCAGAGAACUUUGCAGAGCCCACAGAAUUUAGACCUGAACGCUUUUCGGAUGAGAAUAAGCAAGAGAUUAAACCAUUUACCUAUCUACCCUUUGGUGUUGGACCUAGAAAUUGCAUUGGCAAUCGCUUGGCUUUGAUGGAGGUCAAGUCCAUAGUGUAUCAUUUAAUACUCAAAUUCCAAUUGGAGCCAGCAGAGAAAACGGUAAAGGAUAUGAUGAGCAGCAUUCAAGGCUUUACAAUGGUGCCAAAGGAAAAGUUCUGGAUCAAAUUUGUUGCCAGAAAAUCGAAUGAAAGUUAA